GAGAGAGAGAGAGAGAGAGAGAGAGAGAGAGAGGAUAGUUGGAGGCUGGUGAUGUGUCUAGCAAGCCAGUAACACAAGACUGUAAUCAGUGGGAAGAGAGCCAGCUUCCCUGCCUGGGCUCUCAGCGCCCCUACUGGCUGCAUGCUGUGCCAAUCAAAGGCCGGUGGGAGGGGGAAGCAGGCAGACAUGAGCGCUGAUGUCACAGUCACAUGGAUUCUGGUGUGGUCAUGCUCGGAGGCUGAGAGGCAGAGCUGUGCUGGCCAGCUGCUGCUGAGACAGCAGUGGAGGGCUUUGCGCUGCUGAUAGUUUCUCCUCUUAUGGACUCGAAGCCUAAUGAUGUAUUUUGUGAUUUCAGCUAUGAAAGCUCAAAUCGAAAUAAUUCCCUGCAAGAUCUGUGGAGACAAAUCAUCAGGCAUCCAUUACGGUGUGAUAACAUGUGAAGGCUGUAAGGGCUUCUUCAGGAGGAGUCAGCAGAGCAAUGCAGCUUACUCCUGCCCCCGUCAGAAAAACUGCUUGAUCGACCGCACCAGCCGCAACCGCUGCCAGCACUGCCGGCUGCAGAAGUGCCUGGCAGUGGGAAUGUCACGAGAUGCGGUGAAGUUCGGCCGCAUGUCAAAGAAGCAGCGGGACAGCCUGUACGCCGAGGUCCAGAAGCACCGGCUGCAGCAGCAGCAGCGCGACCACCAGCAGCAGCCCGGAGAAGCGGAGCCGCUCACGCCCAGCUACAGCCUCUCGGCCAACGGCCUCACGGAGCUCCACGAUGACCUCAGCGGCUACAUGGACGGCCACACCCCCGACGGCAGCAAACCCGACUCGGCGGUCAGCAGCUUCUAUCUGGACAUCCAGCCGUCUCCAGACCAGUCCGGCUUGGACAUCAACGGCAUCAAGCCCGAGCCCAUCUGCGACUUUGCCCCCGGCUCUGGCUUCUUCCCCUACUGCUCCUUCACCAACGGAGAGAUCUCCCCCACCGUCUCCAUGGCUGAGCUAGAGCACCUGGCCCAGAACAUCUCCAAGUCGCACAUGGAGACGUGUCAGUACCUGAGAGAAGAGCUGCAGCAGAUGACCUGGCAGGCUUUCCUUCAGGAGGAGGUGGAGAGCUACCAGAGCAAGCCGCGGGAAGUCAUGUGGCAGCUGUGUGCUAUCAAAAUAACAGAGGCCAUUCAGUAUGUGGUGGAGUUCGCCAAGCGCAUCGACGGCUUCAUGGAGCUGUGUCAGAACGAUCAGAUAGUGCUGCUGAAAGCAGGCUCUCUGGAAGUUGUGUUUGUCAGAAUGUGCCGUGCCUUUGACUCGCAAAACAACACAGUCUAUUUUGAUGGAAAAUAUGCCGGACCUGAUGUGUUCAAGUCAUUAGGCUGUGACGACUUGAUCAGCUCCGUCUUCGAGUUUGGGAAAAACUUGUGUUCUAUGCACCUGUCUGAGGAUGAGAUCGCCCUGUUCUCUGCCUUUGUGUUGAUGUCUGCUGACCGAUCCUGGCUCCAGGAGAAAGUGAAAGUGGAAAAACUCCAGCAGAAGAUCCAGCUGGCUCUUCAGCACGUUUUGCAAAAGAACCACAGAGAGGAUGGUAUACUUACAAAGUUGAUAUGCAAAGUGUCGACACUGCGAGCGCUGUGCAGUAGGCAUACAGAGAAGCUCACGGCUUUCAAAGCAAUAUACCCAGACAUUGUGCGUGCCCACUUCCCCCCCUUAUAUAAGGAGCUGUUCGGAUCAGACUUUGAGCAGUCCAUGCCCGUCGACGGGUAGCACCCCACUCCCCCCCCCGCCCGCCAGGUGCCAGUGUGCCCACUGUGACGACGCUGGGUGGGGUGUGGGCGGGGAGGAGGAGUGCGGAGGAGGAAUCUGAGACACUUUACUGGUGCCCCUGCACAAACUGGAGCGGACAGAUGGUGCGCUGAUCAACGUUUUUUUUGUCCUUUCACAUCCGAAUGGGGAGUGGGGGGUGCGCGGGAGGGGUGCAGCUUCGGGGAGUUGAUCGUGAAGGUUUACUUUGUUCAAUUUAGUUCGCUAUGAACGACACGUGGGACCCGACACCCGACGGGGAAAUGAAGAGGAGAUAGGAACAAAUAACCUCUGUUUGGCUGAACUUGACCUGCUUUUGCGUUUGUUUGUUUUUUUUUUUUUUUUUUAAUAGAACAUCACUGCUUUGUUCAUUCACGUACUGUAUUUCCACCAGUGUUCGGCACCACUGUCAUUAGCGACCAGUGGUUGUAAACAAACAAACAAACAAAAAAUCCUUAAGGAACAUGAUUUCAUUUAGAAGAUGGCCACAUCAGUAUUAUUUCCCAGUUUGCACUCCAUGAACACUUUAAGCAUUGUCACGAACAAACCUCUCCUCUUUCUAAACGUUUCAACUGGAAUAAAAUUAACUGAUCAAUGCGCAGAUUUUGGUCAAGUUCAGCCAUUUCUCUCUCUCUUUUUUUUUUUUUUUUUUUUUUUGAUUUUGUGGGACGCAGUGCUUGGAAUGAAAAACUCACAGCAACUUUUGUUGUGAGGUUCCAACAGCAUAGUGAUGCAAUCGGCGCCUCUCUAAGGACAAUCGCUUAAAAUAAGAAAAAAAGAAAAAAAAAGAAGAAGCCUAGAAUUCUGGUAAUUCUACUGAAAAACGCAAUGAUUUUAGUUGUCAAAGACUCCAUCCACCAUUGUUGCAUAGUGAAAAUCAUGUAAGGCCAUCUGCUAUUAAUCCUUCUCCGGACAGGUGCCCUGAAGAAGCACAGCACACCGACGCAACGAAAAGGGUCCAUUCCACCUGUUUUAUAACUGUACUACAGGGUAAAAUGGUCAUAAGCACUUACUAUACAGAAAAAAAAGUAAUGUUUAUAGAAUCUAUUUUAAAUAACAUGUAUGAUAUUAGUAGUUAGACCAUUCUUAAUUGUUGACUUGAUAAGGCACUUUUAUUUACACCUUUCUUUAAUUUAAGACUUGUAUAUUUACCUAGUGAUGUGUUGCAUGUGCACAAGAAUUACAAACUGAAUCAUGGUCACAGAGGUUAGGCUGAUGCAGAUGAUAUUUGUCCAGAAGUGUUCGGGACGUUUGUUUUGGAGAGUUGGUGCGGCUGCUGGAAUUAGAUUUUUAUCUUUUUUUUWUAAAAGGCAUAGAUGAGAAGAUGAGAGAUACUCUAAAAACUGCCAAUGUGCUACCUAUGAAAACAAACAAAAAAAAAUUAUGUCGCUUUUUAGUCAGCGAGCACUUACAAACUAAGAGCUCUGUUCUGCCCUGGAGCUCUUCCCGAACUAAAAUAAUAUAUAAAAAAUGAAUUACAGUUUGGUUUUGGGAUAUAAUACAUUUUUUUACAUCUAGAUCCAAUUAAAUUUGGAAUAACUGACAUUAGGUUAAAAAGGAAACAAAAAUAUGAUUAGUUUACUAACAAAAGGUAACCCUGAAUGUGUGUUUAAGAAAACACUCAGAUUAUAAUCCAACUGUUCCACCUAGUGGAAGUUAAAGAUACAACACCAGCAGUCUCCCCUGAAAAGACAUGGAUUUGACCCCUUUGUUUAAAGGGUUUUACUGUUUGUUGUUUUUUUUAAAUAUAUAUAUAAAUAUAAUAACUAAAUUUCUGCCUUCUCAUCUAAGCCUGAGCCCAGCAACGCCUGAACGGAAGAAAACCACAAAGGGAACGUGAAUAUUCAAAGCCUUGUCUGGUUGUAAAGCUUCUAUUUUUGUAACUUGUUUUUUUUGGUUAAUAAACCCACGAAAGAGACGAAGGGAAGGGGAGGAGGGGGAAAAAAGAAGGAAAAAAAAGAUGUCAGGUAGCACUUAACUGUAUCCCUGCAAUAAUUAGACUAGCUGUUGUUUGUGUGAUUAGGAGAGGGCGGGAGAAGCAGAAAAACGGUAGGACAAGUGCUAUUUUCAGAACGCUUUGUUGUCGUGCUUCUGUUUUGUUGAGUGUGUCUUUUCUUGUCAGUGUGGUAGUAAAGUGGUUUAAAAAACAUGAAGAACAAAAAAAACAAAAAAGA